CUCAUUUGUUGAAUCCAUCUCUGCGAUGUUUUCGUUAUAGAGCCAGCUGUCAUCCGAAUUGACAGCAACAAUUUUCUCCAGAAGUUUGGUCUUGAACGUAAAACAUCUACAACAUGGACGCAUUCGGCGAUGGAAACUUCGAACAGUCUGAGAUCGAUCCGGCUGCCGAGUUUUUGGCCCGGGAACAGAACGCUCUGGCUGGGUUGGAAGACGAAAUCCCGCCGCUGCCCACUGGACCUGUGGACGAUGACGUGACUCAACCAAAAGCAGAAUUGACCGGAAGCUUUGAAAUGAUUAACAACGACGUUGAUGUCGGCGGAUUGCCAGAUUAUGCCGCUGCGUUGGACACUGGCGUCGGUUUCAACCAGGAAGAAGAAGAUGGUAAUGAUGAUUUUUCAGGGUACACAGUACCCAAGCAAGUGACGGAAGAACCGGAAAGGAUCCGUAAGUGGCGUGAGGAGCAGAAGACGCGCUUGGAGGAGAAGGAUCGCGAAGAAGAACGCAAGAAGGAAGAAUUGCGCGAACAGGCCCGCAAGGAGCUGGAGGACUGGUACAAACAUCACGAGGAAGCGAUCUCCAAGACCAAGGCUGCCAAUAGGGAAUCGGCCAAAAACGCCGAGAAGCAGUUUGUGGCCGAAACGGACGAAAUCGAACCGGGCACCGAGUGGGAACGCAUCGCCAAGCUGUGCGAUUUUAACCCGAAGACGAACAAAUCCAGCAAGGACAUCUCGCGGAUGCGAUCGAUUAUUCUACAGCUGAAGCAAAAUCCGAUCUCUACCAACAAGAAGGUUUAAUUAGGAACUUCGGGUGACCUCGACGGAAUCGUAUACAGUUAUACAACAACAUCAACUAGAAAGUUUAUCGCUCUGGAAGACGGUAGAAGUUAUAAGAUAUAGGCGAAUGAUAUAAAUAGUCUAAAACUCGGAUGAUGUUUGCUUUGCUCUACUUGAAAACUUUAUUAUUGAUUAUUGUAGUAUCAGUUUUCGAUUAGUACCUGCUAAAACACUAAAUUUUUGCUCGAGAACGGUUUCAAUUGUUUUGAUUAUUUGGAUCGAAUAUAAUGUACAUUAUAUAUUUUUGCUGCAAUAUCGAUUUUAUUUUACGUUACUCAAUAAAAUUGCUCCUAUGAAUCACUAGAGUAUGAAGGUAGAUAAAUAUCAUGCUGCAUUUUCUCGGCUUCUGUAUUCAUAACACACUUCAGCAUUCCUUAUUUUCGUCAUUCGAUUAAAAAAUACUUGUACCUAUGAAAUUUAUUCUAUACCAUCAGUGGAUUUGUUUAUUCAUAAUUUCAUUGGACCGGGUGUAUUUACUGGCUCAAUAAGUUUGGACUUGUUUUUUCUUCUGUGAGAGGAAAACUGUUCGGAGGAGUUAUUUAAAUAAAGCAAAAUGUUUGAAAGUAGGUACCCUAAUUGCUGACGUAAGCGUAAUAAAUACCGGUAGACGCAUCGCUAGUUGUAACUAAAUGCUAAUAAAGUGUAUAUGAAAAAACUCUAUAUGCGACAGAGAAAACAAAAUAAACUUUAGUGUUGAGAAAUAUUAA